AUGACUCCGCAAUCUGUUUCACCUGUACCUUCCGCAGUCUCAUCCGCCGCAGCAUCACAAAUUUCGAAUGACCCUCGAGAUGGAGAGUCUCAGGUAACAGGAGCUUUAGCGGGCAUGAAUCUGUCCGCCGCGAAUGGGGAUGUACUCCCCGUGCAUCCCCAGCCCGCAAAGGCCACAAGAUCUACCAUGGCAAAUCGCCUCACCCGCAUGUUCUCAAAUACUGGGAAGUCGUCCUCAAAAGAACCUAAAGAAAGCAGAGAGCCAGAUUCCGCUCGAGAUUCCUCAGAUAGCAGUACGGAAAGCAUAAAGGCUCCUACAAAUGGCAGUGCAGCGCCAUCUAGACCCACAUCAAGACCUUCAUCUCGGGCUCCCUCGCGACAGACGUCGACGAAAGGUGAUACCGAAAAAGAAAAGAAAGUGAAGCCUGCAAAUGGAAAGGACCAAAGGGAAGGUUCUAUCGUACACAAGCGAUUUGAGGUGUUUCCAGAUGGAACACACUGUCACCAUCUCAAGAGUGCAAGACGGCAGGAGAAGCUGACCGAUCUUUUGCGAGACAUGCUGGGUGGUGGUAGCAGAAGGAAGGACGACCACGUGGAUGACCAACAACUGUCACUGAUGUCUACUUGGAUCGACCAAUUCAAGACUGAGCGUGACAAACUGGCCGCCGACAAGAAGGGGGGCCCUAACGCCACGGCCUCUCUCGUUGAUAAAUAUGGCAAAUGUCAGGAGAUUGUUGGACGUGGCGCCUUCGGUAUUGUCCGGAUCUCUCACAAAGUGGACCCGAGGGACUCCAGAGUUGAGCAGCUCUAUGCUGUCAAAGAAUUCCGCCGUCGCCCGCAGGAGACCGCCAAGAAAUAUCAGAAACGAUUGACCUCCGAAUUCUGCAUUUCCUCGUCCCUCCGCCACCCUAACGUUAUUCACACCCUCGAUCUAUUACAGGACGCCAAAGGCGACUAUUGUGAGGUCAUGGAAUACUGUGCCGGCGGAGAUCUCUACACACUCGUGUUGGCCGCUGGCAAACUGGAAGUUGCCGAGGCCGAUUGUUUGUUCAAACAGCUCAUGCGUGGUGUAGAAUACAUGCACGAAAUGGGUGUUGCUCACCGUGACCUCAAACCGGAGAACCUUCUCCUGACCACUCACGGGGCACUCAAGAUUACAGAUUUUGGGAAUGGCGAGUGUUUCCGUAUGGCGUGGGAGAAGGAAGCGCACAUGACGGCGGGUCUCUGCGGCUCUGCUCCAUACAUUGCGCCCGAGGAAUACGUGGAAAAGGAAUUCGAUCCAAGGGCUGUUGAUGUCUGGGCUACAGGUGUCAUCUACAUGGCUAUGAGGACAGGAAGGCAUCUAUGGAGGGUUGCCCGCAAGGAUGAGGAUGAAUUUUACCAGCGUUAUCUGGAAGGCCGCAAGCACGAGGAUGGUUAUGCUCCUAUUGAAACUCUGCAUCGGGUAAGAGCUCAUCAAGGUUGCCUCACAGGGUCUCCUAAGCUUACAGUUCCUCAGGCCCGUUGUCGCAAUGUGAUCUACUCCAUCCUUGACCCCAAUCCUUCUCGCCGUAUCAACGCCUCACAGGUUCUCAAAUCUGAGUGGGUCCGCGAGAUUAAGCUGUGUAAGGCUGGUGAGGAAGGGUUCUGA